AUGGACGAAUCCUAUCCUACAACUCCCUCAUCAUCGCCCGAUGGACCUUACUUUAACCCUUUUGAUCUAUACUCACUUCGAUAUUAUAUAGACUCGUGGAUCGAAGUAUCCUCUCAACCGUCUACGUCUUCACUAUCGUCGGCUGCGACCACCGACGACAUUAUCACAACAGGACUCCGAGUAGAGCGAUCAGAUCCACGCAUCUCACAGCUUCGAAAUAAGCGAAGACGGACAAAGCAACAUAUAUCUCUGCUGCAAGACUCCUCGCGUGAAUCAAGCAUAGCUGGCAGCAGUCAGGAUGAAUACGAAGAAAGUGACAGCGAAUCUGAUAAAGUCAUGAGUGGUUCUAACGAAGACGUCACGGCACAAUCGCGAGGUGAUGCUCUCCUCUUGCGCCACGGAUCCAUGUCGGAGAACACGUCGUCAGGAGAGGAUGACGAAGAUGAUCGGUCAACAGCGUUGGGACCACGAAUAAGUUCAUCGCCGUUUGUUCCGCAACCGAAUGCAUUCUCUCAUGCUCCACAAUAUUCUCGAUCAAGAUCAUAUAAUGGCCCGGAAACUACACCAAGUCUUGUCUCAAAUAGUAGCCAAGCUACUGCUAUACGGCACAACUCAAGUUCAACCGUUCGAAACACUCGGAGGAGCAGUCGCACGCAACAUGUACCAUACAAUAUGAUUGCUCCAAGUUACCAGGCAGAUCACGACGCUGCCCUUCGCGCCAGUCUGUCUACGUUACUGUCUCUUGGUACAGCAGUCCGCGGGGCACCAAAGAACGAUAGUCCACCUACGCCUGCUGGCCCACAAAUUGCACCAGCAUCCUCAUUUCGUGUCGUUUCCGAGUCAGUCGCCAUGGGCGAAGAAACAGAUGACGCCGGUCGCGCACCAAGAAUGAACCCCGGAACCCCUCGAACAGACGUCCGAAACAUGCAGCAACCCAAACCCCCUCGCUCUAUCUCAUCUUCAGCACCUUCCAAAGGCAAGAGGAAAGCGUCCAAGGAUCGCGGCUCAUCUCAUGCAGCCGCAUCAAAGAAAUCACAUCAGACUAGCAUGAGCGGUUCUGUAGUCGGUGUCAACCCGACUUUAAUGACAUGGGUCAUUAGUGCCGGCGUCGUUGUGUUAUUCUCGGCUAUCAGUUUCUCAGCCGGAUAUGCUCUGGGACGCGAAGUUGGUCGAACAGAAAUGGGCAUGGAAUCGAUGGUUGGCGGGGGCAUGUCAGGUCAAUUCUCUACAUCGGCCAACUGUGGCAGAGAUGCAGUGAAAGGCAGCCUCAAGCGAUUGCGUUGGGGAGGUGCUGCCAGUGGCGUGAGUGUCUACAACUGA